AUGAAUAGCAGAAAUUUAUUGCAAUUUUUAUUGCUAACUUCUUAUUUGCCAUUUGUGGAAGUUCAAAAUCGUUCCUAUCGAGAAAGACUUCUCAAUGAUAAGACAUCAAUUUUUUCAGGUAUUGCAUUUUUAAUUAUUCAGUUUAACACGAGAAGAAAGACCACAACCACUGCACCUCACGUUCCUUCUGUGCCGCAAUCAUUGAACCAAAAGACGCCUGAAAUAUCUUUGGGUAUUAGAAAAGUCAACAGCAGUCGAGAAACGCCAAGGGAAGAUGAGAAUGUUCGAGUUCUAUCACAGGCUCAAACGCAAAUACCUCCGAACAGUCCGAUAAGGAAAAUGAAAUGUUUUGAAGUAAUUUGGUGGAAUAAUUCGCUAAGGAUCGAAAUGAAUGAAUCAAAUCAUUCUUUGCGCACAGAAAUCACUUCACUUACUUCAGAACGACCUACAAAUGAGAUCGCAUCAGUCUUAUCACCAAUGGAGAGAGUCUCUACAAUUAAGCCACAACAAAUUCGAGCAAAUCAAUUCAGUUUAAGUCAAUCGACAAACGAAAUAGUGAAAAAAGCUUCACCAAUGAUUGAUACCAAUAUGCCAGGAAUACGACCAAGAAAAACAGUUGCAUCAUGGUUGAAUCGUUAUCGAUAUAACGAAUUCAAACAAAUAAGCGAACGAAUUAUGCGCGAAAAGUGGCAAUUUAUUGUUGAAAAUAGGCGAUAA